AUGGCCCCCAAAAUCGACAGUGCCGCUACGCUGUCGCGUCUGGGAAGUGUGGACAUUUGUCCACUGCCCCUUGGGGCCAACCAAGACGAUGAUAUGAGGGCUCCCCUGGACCUAGAAGGCGCUUCCGAAAUCGCUCAUAUGACCUAUGCCUUGGUCAACACAGGUCAUCACUAUCCGCCCUUGGACACUGAAGCGAUGCUGGAAGAUGCUGAAGUGGUGAAUUUGGUACAUCGGGUGGCCGUUUUUCUGGGCAGUGCAGAGGCCUAUGACAAGAUCUGCCAGGAUGUUUUUCUCCAACAUGCCUCUGUUGAAGGAGAUAUGGAAAGCCAACUGCCUUUGACCUCCAUCCACGGGGUCUUUGAACGCCUCAAGAUCCCACCAGAGCAUUUGAUCAUUUUCGAGACGGUCUUGCGAAAGGAGACGAACUUUAAACGAAAGCCGGAGAAGAUACCCUACGAUCUGUUUCAUCAAGUCUUGAUCAAAGUCCUACGGCGCAUCAGGGACACCUACUGCAUUCGUAUUCAAAGAGGACAGUUUGUGACACGAAAGACCAGGCGUUUGGAGGAUGAGUACAUGCGCGAAAGCGACUGUGGACGAGGAUGCUUUGGUGAGUGUUUCUGGGUGAAGCAUAAGGCCACCGGAUUUCGCCGAGUUGCAAAGCGGAUUGCCAAGAAGCGGAGCCAGGUUCCCAAAGAAGAAGUGGAGGAUGAAAUGAACAUCUUGCGAAAGCUUGAUCACCCGAACAUUGUCAGACUCUUCGAAUGGUUCGAGGCAGACGACGACUUUCUUUUGGUGAUGGAAGGUGCACGGGCGGGAGAUCUGGGCCGGGCCCUGCAACGAGCCAAGCAGGAGGGACACAGAGGGCUCCAGGAGAAUGUGGUGCGAGUUCUGAUUCAGCAAGCCCUUGAUGCCUUAGUCUACAUCCAUUCAGAGAAGGUGAUCCACCGGGAUGUGAAACCCGCUAAUAUGAUCUUGACGAAAUUAGACCAGUUCCCUCCCCAUUUACUCCUAGCAGAUUUCGGAAUUGCUACUGUAUUUCAACCGGAUGCACCUGCAGCGGCGUCAAGGGGGCCAACAGGGACUUAUGCGUACAUGGCACCCGAAUGCUAUGACAACAACGUCACGCCCAAGGUUGACGUUUGGGCUCUCGGGAUAGUUGCAUAUGAAUGUCUUUGUGGACACCGACCUUUUGGCGACUCUCAAUUUGUGGUGGAGUAUGAAAGUCGCCACGAACCUCGUCCGGUGGACAUGAAGGCCAUCGUUGACAUAGGCAUCAGCCAGGCUGCGGUGAAAUUCAUCUCUUGGCUCUUGGAGAAACAGGAGGCAUGGCGGCCAUCCUCUGAAGAGGCGCAGAAGGAGUUCAAUUGGCCGGAGGUGGCACAACCUGAUGGCUACGUGACUUCACUCAUUGGCUUCAGCAAGAAGAGCACCUUCUCCAAGGCCGUCUAUCUCUGUGCCGCCAGUCAGCUGGACACCUCCAAAUUGGAUGGCUUGAAUGAGAUGUUCAAACGCUUGGAUACGGACCGCAAUGGCAAGCUGUCCAUGCAGGAGUUCAAAGAGGGUUUGAGGCAAGUGUUGGAUCCAGAAUCCAUUGAAAAGAUGGUGGAUGCUCUUGACAUGGAUCACAGUGGCAGUGCAGACUAUUCGGAAUUUAUCGCAGGAUGUUUGGAUGCCCACACUGAUUUGAUUGAGAGCGCUUUGUCUCAUGUCUUUCACGUCUUUGACAUCAACGGAGACGGCAAGAUCUCUCUGAAAGAGCUCUCCUCGAUCCUCACUUCUGAUGGAUCUCUUUCAAUCGUGCUUCCUGAAGGGAAGACGGUAGAAGAGUUCAUGAAGGAGAUUGACGCUUCACAAGAUGGAUUCAUUAGCUUUGACGAGCUGAAGGAAUACCUCAAAAGGGAAGCAGCGGCCUCCAGUGCACUGCCAAGCAAGGCGUUGGUUCGCCCAGCGGAACGUUGCCUGGCCAUGGAUUUGGGAGGGUGGGGUUGGCCGGCCAAUCGAACCAUGUGGAGCCAUGUUCAGUUCAUGUUGAAUCAUGUUGAACUCCAUCCAGUAACCGAUGCUCACAUCUCCAAAUCUUCCACAGCUUCUCAGCCCAACGAAGCAUUUGAUGACAAUUUGAUGACUAUUUGA